CUGCAGUUGACCGACCUGGUCACCACGCGGCGGUGUGCGCUGCGCAUCGACCAGCACGACCUAGAGUUGACGCUCGAUUACAUGCUCGACAAGUACCUCAAGAACCCGGAUCUGGCCACGCUGCGGCAAGAACGCCGCAUCGCCGACGACUCCGAAGAGACUCUCACGGCAAUCCAAGACCUGGUCUACAUCUCAUCCGACUCCGGCAGCCUGACUGACAUGUUUGAGGGGGUCGAGUUCCUCCAAGACGGGCGGUUUCUGGAGGACGCAGACACACCUCACGCCGAGCCUGUCACCAUCGGAGAAAGAGAUGCCCUCGUCGUCGACCUGCAGAUCGACCGCACGGGCGUCGGAUAUGAUCGCAACUGGGUCGGGUUCCACCGUCGACGAUGGGACAGACACUCGGACCUUUUCACCGACUUCGUGGCAGAGAGCGUGGAGGCUCGAGUCGGGGCGGAAAGGGCAAAGCGGAUCGGCGACCUGGAAUCGACAGGCGACAAGGCGGACUUCGUUCACGCGCUCGCCCUCCGCAUCUGGGAAGCCGACUUCGAGAACUACUCCCGCUUUAGUGGGCCCAAGCUGGUCUUCAAGACGGGCGAUGAGACGGUGCUCAACAUCAUAGGCGGGCGGGGAGGGAUAUGCUCGGAGAAGGUGCAGGCUGUUAAGUUUCUCACCGACCAUUACGGCCUGGAGUCCGAGUAUGUUCUCUCCGGGCCUGCCACCCCCGAUCCGGUGCCCGAAGAGCGUCUGCGCCAGCUGCUGAACACGCUCGACUUCCGCUUCUCGAAGCGGUUCAUGCGUUACUGGCAGCACCUCGCGCUCCUGUACAGGUUCGACGGCAUGGAGAUUCUCGUAGACGCCACCAACGGGAACGUGCCCUUUCUGUUCCUCUCAGGCCCGGAGGCCGAGGGCGUCUUGGGGUACGAGUCGAAGCGCUCAGUUCGCGUCCGCAUGGCCGUGAAAGAGGAGGACUUCUACUACCAUCGCGUCUCGCAGGACAUCGUCGAGGACAUGAUCUUCGCGAUGGAGGGGUGGAUUCCCUACGUCGACCUGGUGCAGGUCUUCGAAAAUGAGCUUGGCCUGUGCAUCACGAAGGACUACAUGGUCGCACCAGUCGUCUUUAGAACGGAGACAAGUUUCGAUACAAUGAGACGUGAGUAUCUUCGCGUAAGCGACGAAGCGGGACUCGACUGCGAGGUCUCGGACGAGUGGGGACUUGUAGGACCCAUCGGCGAGGCGUUUGAAAUGGAAGAGCCGGGGAAGGUCGAGCACAUCAUGGACUCGUACGACCACCUGCUCGACAGGUAUGAUGAGGCCCACGGUCCGGGGCACGAAGCGGGUCUGGCGGUGAUACGCUUGGCGUCAUAG